AUGAAAGUCGACUGGCGACAUCGGACAAGUCCGCCUUCACCUCGUUUCCCCCACCACCACCACCCACCGCCCAUGGACACGUUCGCCUACCACCCGCCGGGCCUGUCCCUCUCGCCGGCUCAACCUCACCCGCACCACCUCGCCGACGAUCCCGCGACCGCCGCCGCCUUUGCCGCUCGACCGGGCUCGUCAUCGGGCGCAGGCCCCAGCACGGGCUUCACCCAGACGCUCCCGCCCCUCCAGGAGCACGUCUCGAGCGAGUCGGCGGGGCCGGCCGCGGCAGGAGGAGGAGGAGGAGGAGGAGGAGGAGGGGCGGCAGGCGGCAGGCCGACGCUCGUCGGGUUCGAGCAGCUCACGGGCGAGGAGCCGCCGGUCGCGAGCACUAGGACGGUGUACGGCGAGGCCCCAGACGGCACAGGCGCGGUCGCCCACUCGCUCGGCGGCGGCUUUCGCGACCCGUUCCCGGGCUCGUCGGCCGCAGCGGCGGUCAACCCGUACGCCCAGGCGCCGCACGCCCACUCGUUCUUCAACCCGCACCCGAACGUCAACAUGCGCAACACGCGCCCGAUGACGGCGCCGUCGGGCCCGUCCUACUUCAACUCACCGUCGUACUCGGCCGCGCCCUCGGCCUUCUACGCGCCCGCGCUCCAGCAGCAGCAGCAGCACCAUCACCAGCACCAGCAGCAGACGAGCGCCAACGCGGCGUCGACGUACGGUGCCCUCGACCUCGCCCCGGCGCCGCCGCCGCACGUCCCGCCCGGCUCGUCCGGCGGCCUCACCUCGUCGCACUCGCAAGCGACGUUCCAGUACUCGGUCGACACGUCGCCCAACCUCGACUACGACGCCUUCCGGGCACGAGGCUUUAGCCUGCCCGACGUUGGCGGCGUCGGCGCGAGCGAUCCGGCCGGCCCGGACAGCGCGUCGCCCUCGUCGUCGAGCACGCCGUUCUUCUACACGCCGCCGUCGGUCGCGCCGGGCAGUGCCCUGCGCACCCUCCAGCCUGCGCCCCCGCCGCCCAUGGCGCCCGCCGACGGCUACUACCCGGCCGUCCUCGACCCGGCGCAGGCCCUCAUGCCCGCUCCCCUCACCGCCUCGACCUCGGCCAUCCUUCCUCCCUCCUCCGACCUCCCUCCUCCUCCUGCAUCCUUCCUCCAGCAGCAGCGGCCGCAGACGGGCCCGACGCCGUCGACGCGGCGCGGCUCAACCGGCGGGAGCGGCGGCGCGGCGGGCAAGCAGUACAACUUUGUGCAGCAGGCCGGCCAGUCGAACAAGCGGCCCCGGCGACGGUUCGACGAGAUCGAGCGCAUGUACAACUGCGACUACCCGGGCUGCACCAAGGCGUACGGCACGCUCAACCACCUCAACUCGCACAAGACGAUGCAGAAGCACGGUCCCAAGUCGACGCCGGCUCAGUUCAAGGAGAUGCGCAAGGCGUGGCGCGAGCGCAAGAAGGCCGAGGCCGCGACCGCCGCUCGCGACCGAGCCGCACAGCCCCAACCUCUUCCCACACCACCUUCCGCCCUCGGUCCUCCUCUCGACACGGGCGCCGGCGGCCUCCCGAGCGCGCUCGGCCUCCCGCCGCACCUCAACGACCGCCCUCGACCGAGCACCUCGGCCGGCGAGUACCACUUCUCGAUGCCGGCGCCCUUCAUGACGCCGCUCGGCGCGCCCAUGCUCGCCUACCCGCCGCCUCCGCCCGCCGCCGUGCCGCAGUCGGCGCCCCAGGGCAUGUUCGACGCGCCGCACGCGUACGACGGCGACGCGGCCGCUGUCGGCGGGCCGUUCGCCCUGCACGACAUGUACGGCGGCGGCGCAGGGCACGGUGGCGGCGGCGGCGGUGGCGGCGCAAUGCGGCCCGUCACGGCGCCGUCGUACUACGUCGCGCCCCAGUUCGGCGCCGGCUCGUCGUCGGCCUCGUCGGGCUUGAGCCAUCACCCGCUCGCGCAGCCGCCGACGACCGCAGGCUCGUACGUCCCGCCGCGGCUCGUGAGCGGGCAGGCGGGAGGAGCAGCGUUUGGCGUCGGCGCUGGCGCCAUGGGCGGCGACCGGCGGUUCAGCCUCCCGAGCUCGAGCCUCGGGUACGGGCCGCCGCCGCCGCCGGGCACGCAGUGGCACUCGCCGCAGCAGGACGCGAUCAAGCGGUUCUACCGCCAGCAGUACCAGCGCGAGCAGGAGCAGGAGCUUCAGCAGCAGCAGCAGCACGACGCUCAGCAGCAGCAGCAGCAGCAGCAACAGCCGGCGACGACGCUCGAGAUGCCGCGGCCCGUCCUCGCCGGGCCCAACGGCUACUCGGCCCUCAUCCAUGGCGGCGUGACGGCGGCGCAGGCCAGUACUGCGGCCGAGGGAGGCGCGGGCAAGCUCGGAGGAGAGGACGGCGGGUCCUACGAGGAGAUCGCGGCUCAGUGAAGUCUGGCUCGUCCUUCCUCGUCACCUCUCCUUCCCCCUCGACACUCGUCGAUCUCUCGCAACUUUUAGAACGCGUGCAUAGUCUCCCCCUCGCGCAUCCGUGCCUGUACAACUCGUGUCCCUCCCACAUAGCCUCCCCUCCUCACCUUGAGCUCCCUCGCAACGCGCACAUCGUCCUCGUCG